GGUAACGCAAGACAAUUGAAGAACCAUUGAAAGCAAAAAAUUCUGCUUGGCCUGCCUUAAAUGCAAGCUGACUUUCUACUACGCAACAUGGUAUUGGAACAGCUCUCUUAAAAGACGAAACACGAACCAAAACAGGCUUGUCUUUGGUCCUUUUGAUAUAUAGACGGAAACUUAAUAGAGUUGUUUGACUGAGUUAGUAACAUCUCUCUCGGCAUUCCCUGAUCUUGUUCCUGUUUUGGUUCCACCAUCUGAUCGACGUAAAGAUCAUUUCACUGUCCGAAAUGUCCGCAAAAAGUACAAUUUUGUACCUUCGUAUCGGAGAGGGAAAGAACCUUCCAAGGAAAGAUAUGUGAGUCCAAACUUUUUUUUACUCAACUGUAUAUUCAAUGGUUAACUAUUAAACUUUUAAGUGAAUCGUGUAACAUGGAGCGCGAUUAUAGACAUUAUACGUAAUGAACACUGAACGGACUCGAUGUUUUUAUUCACGAAAAAACAAUGUUGUUUCCGUUUUAUUUAUAGCUCUGGAAAGAGUGAUCCGUAUUGCAUCGUGAAGGUAGACAACGACGUUGUAGCAAGGUAAGUGAACUUUGUCUGUGACUCAGUCUAAACUGGUUCACUUUCAGAAAACAACUACGAUGAGCAAAUUUACAGAACAGAAAAAAUGAAACGAAAAGGAAAACCAAAGUAUCUCAAAAAAGAUGAAAUUAAUGACGCAGAGUGGAUAUUUUUAUAACCUCGCACAGUUUUAUCAAUUCAACUUUUACAAUAUAGUAUUUACCCCCUGAUAAUGAGUUAGCUUCCACUGGAAUGCCGCAAUGCGCAAAUUAAACAAGAAGUGAUGAAAAAUCAAUAAACCGAACAAAGAAAACAGUCUAAAUCGCUGCGUCGACAAUAGUUCUGUAAAUUUCAGUCUGAAAGUACGUAUUAAAAUCUAUAUAUUUAACCCUCUUUUGACGAUCAAUAUAGGCGGAACCAAGAGGCAACUGCUGUAUUAAACAAUCAGGUCAGGAUGUGAAAAGGCACGAAUAGAGGAGUAUCGUUGCUGUAAUUAAAAGAUCACACAUCGCAGCUUUGUUUCCCUCGCGUGUGAUUUACACUAGCAACCGACAAUGCUUAAUCAGCUCAAUUUUAUUACAAGGGUACAAGAUAAGCAGCCAAAACAUCAGACAAUCAUUGCGACCGAGAGGACGUUGUUGGUGCUAUGUUACGUUAGUGGCGCUAGAUACUUUUGUCAGUAGAAAAGUAUAAAAAUAAUUUUGCCCUUAAGGGACAAAAGGUAUUGAUUAAGUGAACAAUUACAUGUAUGAGUUCAAAUGCAAAUGACUAUCUAAAAAACUAAAAUAAAAGGAUAUACCGGUAUUUAUAAAGUGAUUUUAACUGGUUCUUCAGAGUUUACAAAACAUCGAUCGAUCACGAUGAAAGCUGAAUUACAAAAAACCGACCGGAUGUUUUAGCAUCAAACAGUCGAACACAAAGUUAAAACACUGACAGCAAAACACAGACGACUACACACAGAAAAGGGGGUCAAUAGUCUUAGAAUAUCCGGUUCCUUUAAAAUUGUAUUACUUUUUAUUUUUAAGCAUACCGUAAAAUACUAUCAGUACUAAUUUGGCAGCGGAAUGGCAAAAGCAUGUUGUUUCCGCCGUCUCUGUUUUGCCGGCAGGCUGUCACGGUUUAGUUUGAAAACUCGCGAACAUCAUGUAGUUCAGUUAUUAACGUGUUAUUUUUAAGUUUUUAAAGUAAAAAACUAGUGCAAGACUAUAUCAUUUCUUCCAAAAAAGUAAAGUCUCUGUCAGUUGAAAGAAAAAUUAGGUGCUGACUCAAAUUUAGAUCAUGAUUCUGAGUACAUUCGGAUGGAAAUAUGUUUUGGUUUUGUGUCCCGUAUAUAGUAUCUACAUUAUAUACAUUGCGUAGCUGGGCCCAGUUGUUCAAAAACUGGGUAACAUUGAUCACCAGAUAAAUCACUAUUAGUAGAUAAGUAUUGGGGAAACCAUACACGUUAGCCAGUAGUAGAUAGGGAUUUACCUAGUGGAUAGCGUUUUCCUUCUUUUGAAAAACAGGCCGAGCCUGAAGGAUAGGUAAAAUGUGGUGUUUAUUUGUGGUUGAAGUUACAACUUAGCUCGUUGAAGAGGCCUGUCCUGUGAGGUGUUUACUCUCUUCCAGAACUGCCACAGUAUGGAGGGAUUUGGAGCCAUUUUGGGGCGAAGAAUACACAAUGUUUCUUCCAGCUGGUUUUACAAACUUGUCAGUCUACGUUUAUGACGAGGACACCAUCGGGUAAGGAAGACAGAAUUCGGAUUAAAGUAAAACUCUUUGGAAAUCUCCGCACAGCCGUUAUCUCUCGAACCACCACCAUGAAUUCGUGUCCCGGCAUGAAUACGAAAAUUGCAGAGGAAAUCAUUCUCUCUUCAAGUAGAAAGAUAAAUUCACCAGCAAAUGACACGGGAUAUUCCUAAAAAUACACCAUUUCAGUCCACUUUUUUUCUGCAAGUUUUACACUUCGUGAAUAAAAUAUUACCAAGUUCCCAGCAAACGGUUUGUGAGGUUGGCAUCUAAAUUCUUUUUUUUUCUAAUUUUAAUUUAAGGGCCUGCAGGUUGUUUUUUAUCGCAAAUAUUAAACAGUGACAACAGUCCACAAUGCAUUGAGUCUGGGCUUUAACUAUGAGACCAGAGAACUUGCAGUUAUAAAACUAUAACAUUGCGUAAAAUUCCAAACUGUUAAGCUAGGAAACUUACAUGUUGCUUUUCCGGUCUCUCCCUGCAGAGUUGAUGAUCUCAUCGGGCGGGUCACGUUUGACCGCGAUAUGUUAACAAACAGCGGUUCUGGGGCAAAGGGCUUGGACAAAUGGUUUCCACUGUCCCCUGUUUUUUACUCACACCAUUUCUCAGAUAUUCAAGGAGAUAUCAGGAUCGAGACAACGCUUUUUGAGAAGGUGAAAAGAACAUCUCGUUCAUUGUCAUGUGUAUCCAAUCCCUUAAAGACUAAUGGUUUGCAUUACUACAUUAGAACAAAGGGAAUAAGUUCCACCGCCUUCUCCCUGCUCUUAACACCUCUAGGUCGACUCUAAGAAACACACUGAAAGUUAGGCCCGUUUUCAAGACGAACAGAUUCCUUUUUAUGUCCAACGCCCUCAAAGCUUAAACUGUAUUCCCUAUCUAUAGUUUUAGAAGUUUCGAUUGCUUUUAUCAUGUUCGAUUUCAAUUUUCUUUUUUUAUUUUUUGACAAAUCACAAUUUUACUGUAAUGUAUUCAUGUAUUGUUUCUAUUAUUCGUUUCUUUCAUUUUUCUUUAUAAACUGGCUUAUUAGUAGUAGUAUUUUAGGAAUAAACCCUUUGGUUUGGAACGAUCAUGUAGUCUUCUAUAACCAUAUGUAGUUCGAAGCCGGAGGGCGGCGAGGAAAAUUAAAAAAACUAAAAAUUCAAGAAAAAAAGCAAAAAGUUACGCUACUGAAUAGAAGUUUCAGUGAUUCUUCUCGUAAUGCUGCAAUGAAAGGUGUUUCUAGAUGUGAGUUUCAGUGCAUGGAUUCCAUCAUCAACUUGUCUUCCACUUUUUUAAAAUGAAAGCUACCAGACAGUACUUAAUGUACGUUUGGGAUACCAAACGUUACCGGGACUUGCCCGUUUUAGGAGAGUCUUGAGAACAAUCUUAACUGUCUUGUUAUUAUUUACCAGUAGUUUAUUCAACAAUCACACUGGUUUAAAUUUCGUUGUUUUCUACUGUUUUUGCCAGGGAGAGGUAAAUAAAAUUAGGGUUAAAGUGCUGGAAGUGAGGUAAGUUUUUUGCUGAUAAAUACGAACAACGAGGCCCAGAGGCCAUAAGUACAUGAAGAGUAAGUCAAUUAAUGACUUAGAUUUCUUAUCCAAUGAUUUGAGAUACCGCCGGUGUUCGUCUUAUAGAUGUGUCCGCAAAAAGCGUCAGCACCCAGUAACGGGAGUCGAUUCUUUUGAGGAACAAGGGUGGUGUAGUGGUUAAAGCACUCGCCUUCCACCAAAGUCGGUUCAGGGUUCAAAUAUGGCGUCGACGCUAUAUGUCGGAGGGUUGAGUUUAUUGUUGAUUCUCUCCCUUGCUUUGAGAGGUUUUUCUCCCAGUCAGUACACAGGUUUUCCUCUCUUCUCAAAAACCAACACGUCCAAAUUUUAUUUGGAUUUAGAACACACGGACAUGUUUAAACGAGUUCUUAAGAACCCCUCAGUGUUUCGUGGGUGAACAAAUUAUAUUUUCCCUAGGGAGGUGUUACUCUUUAGUCUAUCGAAUAACCCUUAAAAAUAAUUUAACAGCCACAGCCAGAGGCCUUUAACACGGUCCCUAAUCGGGCUCACGUUUAACUUUUCAUAAUCAAGUUUUAACUUAUGUGUUCUAAGGGAUCUUCCGGACAAAGUUCGCAGCUGUAUGGAGCCAAUAGUUAAGCUUUCCCUUGGAGAUAGUAGCACUUGUCAUCUGCGACAAUCACUGAGGGAGGCCCUCGUCAAACAACCUGAGGUAUGCAUUUCGCUUUUCGUCUUUUUUUUUUCCAUUUACUAACAAUGAGGUACUCUUAAAGACUGAAGCACUGCUCGGGUUCUUUGUAGUCAAACGUGUAAAUAGCUUAGUUAGUUUGGCUACUCAGUAUUCUACGUACAUGCAUGGGACUCUCGCCGUCGUAAAUUGUCGUGUCCUGAACCCAGUUAAAACUAUUCACAAACUAAAUGAUUGGUUUUACCAAUAAAAGGCACCGUUUCGUAUCAGAGCAGCUUGAAGUAAGAAAUGCUGUGUUGCGUGUCAUAGCUUCACGGGUGGUGACUGUGAUAUCUCGAGCUAAAACAUGAGCCUCUCUAUGAGUACCUGGGGACGUCGUUUUUGUCGAGCGUUUUCCAUCAAAUUGGCCAUUUUUCAACAAAACCGUCGCAUACCAAGAACUGAUUUGCGUUUUCUACCAGCGAGCUCCAGCAAUCACAAUUACAAAGACGGAAAUGAGAACACUGAGAUUAGCCUGCGUAGCAGGCGCUUGGAGGUAGUGGGCACAAGAAAAAACGGGCGCACGAAAAGGAGACACGCGAGGGGAGAGGGGUCCCUCACCCCUCACGUGUCUCCCUCGCGCGCGCCCGUUCUCUCUUUCGCCCACUACUUCCAAGCGCCUGCUACGCAGGCUACACUGAGAUCUAUGAGCACAAAAAAUACUUUGAACUUGAACAACACAUUUCAAGUGGUGCAUUUGUUUUCAGUUUCUUUGCCGUCAUAUCGUACGACUAAAGGUUGACAAAUUUGAUUGGAAUGGGAAUGGGUUAAUCGGUUUCCGAUCUCCAACACCGUCUUUUCGUCGGAAAGACCCCGGGGGGUACUUUAGGAAUUUCUGGGUGGGGAUGUGCCGCUGGGACCCUGGAACCCUUAACCUAUACCAGAGCUAGUUCAGCUGAAUUUUGCUACCCUAUACUAGAGUAAACUCCCCAAAUCCCCCUAUCCUAGAGUAGCUGUUUCCCUUGUCUAGAUAAAAUCUUCAACCAACUGAUCAGUUUCCUGAAAAAUGAUACCCUAUUCUAGACCCAAACGCUUUGAUUUAUAUACCCUAUCCAAGAGUAAACUGCCUGAAAACCAUACCCUUUACAGCGGCACAUACCUAUAUAGCCCAUAUAUGGCAGUACCCCCCCCCCCCCGGGGGGAAAGACCCAUACUCAAACAUCGGUUCAAUCUUUUGGUCAGGGUAACAAAAAGAUCUGGAUCCCUAGCAAACAAAAGUACCUGGAAUUUGACAUCAAGGAGCCAUUACAGGACUUGAAGCUCACGGCCGAGGUAAAAAUUGAAUCAGAUGCACUAUGGUGCUCCGGAAAGGUAAGAAACUACGGACUAAUGAAACGAACAAAAUUUUAAAAAUAUGAUUAUUAUGAACAAACAACGAUUGGUCACAAGAUGCUUAUAAAAAAUACACAUAUACGAGUCCUAACAGAGCUCAACAUUGAUUUCCUCUUCAAAGCCAUGAUUUUAAUUCUUAACAGGACAGAGAUAAUGAAGAUUUAAAGGAAAUUGCUGUAAAAGGAUGAGUUCACUUGACAUUUAUAUGUUCCCAACUACUCCGAUAAAGACUGAGGUUAUAAGGACAUGCAUUAUUAAGAAAAAUAAAUUAUUUAUUAUAUUGGAAUUAAAGGGUUAAGAUCCACCAUUCAUUCUCAUCCGGGCACUCCAAUGGCUCAGGAGUUAUCAUGAUGCAUUAUAAGGUGGAACUUCAUUUUAAGAGUUGAGUUGUUUUUUGUAACCCUUAUAUCCUCUUAACACUAUUUCCCUACAUGCGGUGACCUGAGAAAACAGCCGACAUUUCCGACGCCAUCACCACUAGUUUCCCUUCGAAAUGACGUCUGAGAAACGAGCGCAGAAUGAAUUCCAUACUGAUGACGAGUCACCACCCAGAUCUGGGUGGUACUUAUGAUUGGUUAAAAAUUUGCUUCAUCCAAUCAGAGUUACUUCCCACAGGCGAGAGGUGAUGCAUCAUCGGCAUGGAUUUUCUGCGUUUUCUGCGUUCCUCCAGUGGUGGCGUCAAGAAGUGCUGGCCGUUUUCUCAGGCUACAUGACCGGAAGAUAAAGAUAAUUCGGUAUAAUUCAUAGUCUGAGUUUCUGUUUUCCCUUUCAGGCCACCUUCUUUCUACCCAAGCUUAAAGUUGGCCUCAGUAGAGACGCCUGGUACAAGUUGUUACCGCUGGCUCAAACAAAAGAACAGAAAACGUGAGUUAAGUCAACUGGGGGGUCAAGUGACUUGUUCUCCGGUUCCUCUCAGUUUCCAAACUACCGGUGAUCAUUGGAUAACAGAGGAUGAGUUAAAGUUUCUACACAAAGAUGUCGACCUGCAUAACAGACGCAAACUAAGUGGUGGGCGGGGGGGGGGAGAAAGCAAAAAACAACCUUAUCACCUCCCGGCAAGAAACAUAAAAUCAAAUCUUUGAUAUUUUCAUUUGUAAAAAGGUUGGAAAGUUAGUGAGUUACAGCCUUUACUUUAUAGGCGAUUGUUGUCAGGAUGGAACAGUUAGAGAGGUUGAAGACAUAUUGAAUCGAAAAAAAGCUAAUUGUUGUCCUCUCUUUUCAUUCCAUUUCUUUUCCUCCCUUUUUUCCUUCGCGUCCUGGUUGAUUGAUGACGUUACCUACUUUUGAUGAAAUUUCGCAGAUGUUGACAGCAUAGUCUUGGUUUUAAUGUAAUAUCUUUUGAGAUUACUCUGAGAUUCAACUACUUCACUAAUCGUGAAUUUAUUUUCCUCCCCUCCGAUAGAGAAAAUCUUGGCAGUAUCAGGAUGAAAGUCCGUCUCACACAGGAGCGUAUUUUGCCCCAAAAAUGUUACCAGCCUUUGACGGAGAUUCUUGUCAAUUGUACAAACGACCCAGAGAGCCUGGACCCUACUGUGCUGAGCUUAACAGACCAGCUUACCACCGCUGACCUUUCAACACUUGCCCACCAGAUGGUGCGGCUGUUUAUUGGUCAAGACUUGGUGAUACCGUUUCUGGAUUACGUAACACUUCUGGAGAUAAGAAAGACAAGUAAGGAAAAUCAAAAAGUAUUCUUAUAUUGCUUACUCUGUCUUUACAUCUAUCAUGAUACGAGUCACGGCACCAGAAAGAACCAUGCAAACGAAAAAAAAGUAGAAAAGAUAAACAAUCACACGUCUCGAAGGAAUGGACACACUAAAGGAUGUCAUAUAAAGUGAAGCCAUAGUUAGUUAAGAAUCUACUGGAUGGACGCCAUGAUAGUUUGAAAAUGUGCACUGCCGCUAUCACGUGACAAGGCAAAAAUCAAAACAAAGACAUCGGUCAUUGAAGCUCGCCGACUUUCAUAACCAGUCCCCUCUACUAACUAUGGUAAAGCUAAUAGUGAACUUGCACAGCACAAUAGAAACACUGGUAGAAUGCAUUGCUUGACUGGUCGCCGACAGUUUCCGAAUAGAACGGUCAAAGGUUACAAUUUCGAUCAGGAAUUAUUUUAAUGCAGGUGUUCUUACUUUCUUUACAGGUAAUCCAAGGACUUUGUUUAGAGGUAACAGUUUGGCAGCGAAAUGCAUGGAACAAUUCAUGAAGGUAUAACUGUAAAUAUAUAUACAAUAAGCGCUCCUUUUUGACCCACAAUUUUAGCAAAGCUGGCUUUGGCUUCAUUUCUUUGUGCGUGCGCCCUACUAAGACGCUUCUAGCUAAAAAAAAAAAGGGACUGAGCCACUGGCUGCUGUUCAGUGGCAUUUUGUUGUAUCUCUGAGGCAAGUGAAAUCCAGUGACUAUCACUGUUUCCAGGACAUACGACAUAGAAAUUAUCGGUACCUCACACACUGUAAACCAGUAACAUCUUUAAUUAAGAAGCUCGACGAGAUUGGUUUAAUAAACCGAUCAAUGAAUAUUUCACGCUGCUGAGGAAUGGUUGCUCGGAUGGGGAAGAGCUCGAUUUCCAGCUGGUUGGGCUAGGGAAUAUAAUUAUGCUCCUCCCAAACUAGAAAAGUGAAAAAAGGGAUUUUAUAGUCUUAAGGGAUCACUACUCUUUCUCUAAACCUCCUAACAUUCGUAAAUAAAGGUGCACGAUUUACCCACGUGCACCCCAUUGGCCACUGAACCUUACUUGCGGAUUGCGUCUCAAAACUGAGCGGAAAUGAAAAGGCGCAACAAGCCAAGCGUCCUUGACAUAGAGUGAACGAGAUACAUUAGAUUAUUUCUUUUCCACGGGCAUCACAAGGAAAAUAGCUGAACUCUUAGUGCAGAUUAUACAGGAUCCGCCUCACUAUCAAGGCGAGAAUAAAUAAAUUGCGAAAUGCAACAAGAUUUGGCAAAUUUUUCGAAUUCUGUACUCAUUUUGCACCAGCAUUAAUGACUCAAAAUUCGUUUCCUUUUUGGAAACCCUUGUGGCCGCACAUACAGACAUCGAGCUCAGUUUCGGGGAAUUCUUCCGGAAUUUUAGUGACAGUUCUUUUUUCUCGUUAGAUUGUAGGCAUUCCGUACCUUUCAGAUACUCUCAAGCCAGUGAUCGACAAGAUUUUCGAGGAGCGUAAAUACUGUGAGCUGGAUCCAAGUAAAGCGGAGCGAAAAUCAAGCGCUUUUAGGUAGGCUAAGUGCAGUUAAUAAACCCCCAAAAAAGCUAUUCUUGUAAAUGCCAUAGAAAAUAAAUAAUAAAUCAGAUAAAAAAGACUUUUUGCUCAUCCCUUGACUUUUGCUCUUUUCAUUGAAUGCACUUGCGGAAAGUUUUCAAACAUUUUGAACAAAGCUGAGAUUUAGUCUACCUUUUGUGGUUGAAAAAUAUUUAGGAAACUUGAGAGGAUUGUAAAAAUGAUUUGGAAACGAUUGAUGAGGAAAUGCACUUGCUCUCUUUUGUUCCUUAUUCGGCAAGUGGGAGAGGCCACACUGAUCAUAACACUUCCUCAAAGCGGUGACAUUUCAGUGUAAACACUUAAUGCAUAUUGUAAGUUCUAUCGUGUGGGGAAACUCAAGGAGCACUGUAUUCAUUGUCUUCUUUCCAGGCGAUUAAGCCUCAAGCCAGCUGAUGAACAAGACAGAAGCUUGUCAGUACUAACAGGAUACUUAGAAGCCGUGAUGACAUCCAUCUUGAGUUCUUUCAAGGACUGCCCAAGUUACAUGCGCGUGGCGUUCAGAAAUCUCGCAAGGCGCGUCUCAGACCACUUUGGAGACGAACCUGGAUAUGAGGUGAAUUUGGGAAUAAUACUUGAGAAUAUCCGAUCACCACACAAGACUGGAUUAAAGAGAGGAAAUACUAGAGUUAUUGAGGAGCUACAGUAAAAAUUACAGUAUUUUUCAUUCCUUUCCAACUUUAACCCAUCCCUCGGGGCCGGGUUAAAGAAUACAGGGUCUGGAAGGGUAUUCUCGAGAUCCGGGAGUUGACCGAAAUAUAGUGUGAGAUUCGGGAAAACGCAAAAUUUUCUCGACGGGAUACGGGAUUUGACCUCCACACGGGAAGCGGGAUUCAAGAAAAUUUUGGCAUGGGAUGAGGUGUUGGAAAAGAAAAAACGGUAUUCGGGAUAGAGGUGAUGGAAGUUCGGGAUGAGGAAUCGUUGUGAAAAAAAAAAACGCGGGAAACAAACCCACAAAAACCACCCUUAAAAGACCUUGCCAGAGCAAAAUUUCUUACGUUACACGAUAUCACUCCUUACUAGGGAACAUGGAUAACUUUUUUUGUUAAGAACGGACGAAGAGUCAACAUUGCUAUAAAACAAUACAAUUAACUUGUACUUUACUUUUUAUCGUUGCUGUUUUCCAGGAUUCAAAGUACACAGCUGUGAGUGGUUUCCUAUUUCUUCGCUUUUAUGCGCCAGCAAUUCUGGGACCCAAGCUCUUCGGCUUAAGGAACAACCAUGCUGACAAGAACGUCUCACGCACACUGACCAUCUUGGCAAAGGUCGGUAUUAUUUGGUUGCAGGCAGUCAGAAAAAUAUUGCGCAAAAAAGGAUAAUCGAGUAAAAACUGUGAGGACAUGAAAAUGACUCUUACUCAACAAAUUAUGACUAACCACCCUUAGAUACGCAUUUUCUGAAUUAAAAAACACUUUUUGAGUCUUAAAAAGCUAAUUUCACACAGCUGUAUCAUCAGAAUAUGUACUAUAUUGUGAGAGCAGAGGAAAAAGGUCAUGCCUGUAUGCAAAAAACAGCCAGGGCUUUCCACAGUGUCGUCGGUGCGCAGCGUAAAAGCAAAGAUCGCUCGUACAUGCUCAAACUCCGAGUAUCUGACUGUUUUUUUCUUUUUAAUGUGAGAGGAAAUAUAUGAAAAUAAGAAGGACGCCGAAAAGGACUGCUCUUUUACUUCCUUUCAUUUGGAGAAUGUUGGCAAUCAAGCACUUACAAUCAAACAUGUAUCACGGUUUACUCUGUUGUUCACAGACAGUCCAAAAAAUUGGGAACAUCGAGUUCCCUCAGCAUAGCGGGAAGGAGGAAUGGAUGGGACCAUUGUACAAGUGGAUUGGAUUCUACACUGACGAAGUUAAAGACUUCCUUGACAGACUGGCUGAUGUGGAAGAUGAGCAAGGUAACCAUAACAAGUAACUCCUUUACAAUGUCUGCUCGAUCAGAGUCAUUACCAGACACGAAACAGGGAAAGUACAACAAAAAAUAAACCAGACACCACCCUGACUGAUCAGAUUCUAAUUGUCUGCCGUAGCUCGCCUUCUAGAGAAUUUGGUCGUUACAGACAGUUAAAUAAAUCUCCGCUGAAACCAAUUGCAGCCACUACUACAUUGUAAUUUCUUGAAUUUUUCAACUAAGUCAUUACUGAUCGAAAUACUGAGCACUCGCGAAUGACAUACUUGAAGAGAUGGAUUCUGUAACCGCCUAAGAGUCUUUCCGUGAGUUGCCUAAUUAUUGCUAUACCUGAUACUUGCAUGAUACCGAGAUGGUGCAUUCUUACCACUAUCUGCGUGCGGCAAGAUAGCUUACGGCAAGACACUACCCUACUUAAAAAAAAAAUUAAAUCUCUUUAGCACUUGAGGAAGAUUAUUAGCCUUUUUACUUCGGCGGAGCGCGAAGUAAAGGAUUCGCGACGCUCAGGAACGUCUCAAAGUUGAAUAUUCUGACAAAUCCCAUAAUUUCACAAAUUGACACUUUACUCUCACCAUGUAUCAUUUCUUACUAUUCCCCUGCAUUUACAAUUAAUUCCACAACCACGACGCCGAAGUGUACGCUCCUGAGCGUCUAGUUAUGUUUAGUUCCAGGAUGUGACCACAGACGAACCGUAUUCAGUCACUCACUUAUUAUCAAGGAAGGCUUUGUCAAGAAGUGUCGCUAUCUGGAUUCCAGGCUGCCAAAACCAUUCAAGUUCAAAAAGCGUUACUGUUGGUUAAGUACGGAAAACUUCCUUUACGCUAAAACGAAUGAUUCACAGGUAACUAAGCAGAAACACUGGUUCAGUUGCACACAAAAAAAAUUCCUUGUCCCCAGGGCUUUUCCUUGAAAUUGGCCGUAUUGUGCAGAAAAGGCCUGGAAACGAGGUUGCAAAAAAUGGGCAGAAAAAUGAGAUAGGAUAUGCUACUGAAAUUGUUACUUUUUUGGGUUGCAGAAUCGUAACCUUUUAAAACGGACUGAACUGAGUUAUAUAACGACCAAAUAAUUCAUUGAAUAACAUGGAAAAAUCUUUGCACAAAAAAGGGAGACCCGACAGUAGUUCUCUCAAUAUCAAUGAGAAUCAUGGCAUUCAAGAAAGAAUGAUCUCUUGUGGCAUUCUAAUUGAUAUUGGUCGUAUCUGUGGUGGGGAUGGGAAGUCGGCGUAAUAACAUAGUGUUUCAGAAUAGGCUUCCUUUUCCUUGGGAAGUAAAGGGAUUCCCUAUGGCCAUGAUAUUAAUCAGGAUUACGAUUACAGUGGAACCUCGUUUUAACGAACCUCUAUACAACGAAGUUCCUCGGAAAAACGAACGAUAUUCCACGCCCCAGUAAUAGCCAGUAAAAUAUAUGGAAAAGAACCUCGAAAUAACAAAACCUCUUUAUAGCAAACCUAUUUUAUAAGUCCCUUGACCCUCUGUUAAUGAUCGAGGUUCCACUGUUUGGUAAUCAUGAUCGUCAUUAUGAUUAAUUCUGAAGGGAAACUAUGGCUACUAACAACCAAUUUGCUUUUCUUCAUGCCGUUUCUCUUACAGACGAGACAAUUUCUUCCAACGAAGAAAAUUCUUGCUGUCGAGAGAGUUGACGAGUCAGCAUUUCAGAAGCCGAAUGUGUUUCAAGUAGUCAGCAAAGAUUACGAAGACACUGUUCAAAUCCUCUAUCUUGCUGCACAGGUGGGCUUUUAGCUAUCAACUGUGACUUUAUCAAUAUCAUGUUGACCCAUAUUAACAGGCAAUAGAGUUUAAAGUCGUUUUGCCUUUGCCUGUAAAUUAUUACCGGACUAACAUAUUUGUUAAGGCGGUAUUAAACGCGGGGGCCCCGAUAAGGUAAAGCCGUUAAAAAUGGUGUCAAAAACUAUUCCAAACUUCCCAACCGGGUGGGGGGAGGGAGGCGGUUCUCAGUAUGCUAUUUACACUAUUAUCUUUAUUGAGCCGAGGGGCGGGUUUGGGGGCAUUAGGCACAGUCGUGAACUGAGGGCGGAAAGCUGAUGUGAAAAUCCAGUCGAAACUUGCCAAACGGGAAGAUGGGACUGUAAACCUCAUUGUAGUUCUAUUCAUCUCGAAAAUGUUUCUUUUGGGCCCUGCUAUUAAAGCGCUAGUGUUCCAUUUGCUUUCCAACCGAAACAGCCUAUGAAUGGCAAAUAACCGACGUUCUUGAAUAAACUGUGGGUUUUCUGCUUUAACGCAGGAUGUGAAUGAAAUGAAUCAGUGGCUUUCGGCGAUAAGAAAGACGACAAUUUCCAAUUCCAAGAUGCUGAGCUAUUUCCAUCCGGGAGUGUUUCACAAAAAUAAGUGGACAUGUUGCAAACGAGCCCUCAGACAAGGUUAGUACACAAGGAUUGUGCUUUACAGUGACCUGUGCAUGAAAUCAAAUGUUUUUUGGAAGAGCCAACCACGAGUACCUCUGCUGCUGUACUAGUAUGCUACUAAUCUCUUGCUAUCCUGUUUCAUCAAUCGCUCUCCUUAAAUCUUGGCUCAUUGCUCACAUCAUGAAUGUCUACAGGAAAAUGGGGAACACUCCCCAAAAAGCUGGCGAGGGUGCUUGUCUAAAAAUUGUAAAAUCACCCCUAAAUGGUUCCAGAAAUUUGGCAUAAUUCCUCCUAAGUCCUGAAAAAUACUGCUUAUCAUGUUUUGACUCGAAUAUAAUACCUAAAAGGUGCCUACAUUAGGGAAGCAGCGGUCUCUAAGUCAGUGGCACCAAUCAAACUCGUCCCCAGGACUCUUUUCAACGACGAGAACCCCGUCAUUUUUAAUUGCAUGGAAAAUGAGACGAAGUUAUACAGCUUAGCAUGAAGACUUUACAAAGAACUGCUUAUGUGUCACUGGAUGAGCAUCAUAUACAUAAUGCGAAUUUAAGGGCGUGGUGUCACUUUUACACCGAAAACGCGAAUUUUUUGUAAAAAGCGUAAUAACUGGGUCGAGAAUGUUUACCACCAAGAACAGAAGGCAGCGUAGUGCUCAACCUACAGUGUUUUUUGGUUCUUCUUGAUCAGAGAGUGAGGAAAAACAUCUCAAAAAGCUUCAAAAGGUGUUUUUCGACAAAGCAUCCAGGAGCGAAUGGGUGACCUAAAGCAUUAUUUUUUUCAUUCUUUCAGCUGGAGGUUGCCAAUUGACGCAUUCCCACGUGACUUUGAGUGAUUGGCGGGAUCCACUCGACCCAGAUUCCGAAGCGCAGAUGAUUUUUACCCAGCUACUGCAGAGCCGCGAAGAGCUGAAGCAAAAAUUCAUAGAAACUAAAGAAUUUCAAAAAGACUCUUUGGAUCCCAACCAAAACGUCCUUGAAACAAUGAAUGAUAAAAACGUUCCACUGGUGCCAGACCAGAUGCCUUCUACCGGUGGUGAGAGAGCUAUAGCAGCAAAACUAGUAGAAGUUAUUGAUGAGCUUGAGAAAGCUCACCGAACGCUUGAGGAAAAAGAGACCAAGAAAUCGUAG